AUGCCGAUGCGAGGGCCAUUCCACGUGGAUGCCCACCGACCUGGACCUGAGUUGGACCCAUGUCUUGCCGCCGAACGUCGCCUCAAAACCACCACCUUCUCCAAAAGGAUGAAAUGCGGAAUUUGUGUGAUGGCACUCCUUAUCAUGGGCAUAAUAAUUUUUGCCGUAGCCAUCUACACCCUGAUCGCAGAAGCGGCUUCUCCUAGCGCCCCGGCCCUUGGACGUACAACCACAACGACAAAACGCCCACUGACAACCCCUGCCCAGAUCAAAGCCGCUAAAAUCCUGCCCCCAAAACAGAAACCCAAGCCCAAAGUCGUCCACCCAAAGUCCAUCACCAGAUCAAAUAUUACAUAUCCGUCCUGCGCCCACGUGAAGGCGGCCAAAUUGCCUUCCGGUGUCUACACGCUGAAGCCGGCCGGAAGGGAAUUCGAAGCAUUGUGCGACUCGAGUGUGGCCGGUGGGGGGUGGACCACUAUUCAGAAGCGAAUCAGCUCUGAGACAUCAUUUUACAACCGGACCUGGGAGGAGUACAAGAAUGGUUUCGGGGAUUUGCAUGAGAAUCAUUGGUUGGGAUUGCAGAGUAUGUAUGAGCUUCAAAAUGCCUCCUCAACACCACAUACUUUACGUAUCGAACUGCAUGGAGAUUACUGUGUAGACGCGUCAAAAUGCAGCGGAAUGCCCGAUGGGGAAUGGUGGGGAGAGUGGCAGUUUUCGCUUGGAAAUGAAGCCUCGGGAUAUCGAUUGAAUUUGAUUACCCGGCUCAAAGGGACCCUGAACAACAAGACGGACCACUUCCUGACCAGCCACAAUGGCGUUCCGUUCACGACGUUCGAUCGGGACAACGAUCGCGAGCCGGAAGCGAAUUGCGCGCAGAUUCGGAUGUUUGGUGGCUGGUGGCAUAUCGAUUGCGGCUACACGGCCCUCAAUGGAGCAUACGGUGAUUCGGCCCCGAAACGCCGCUAUCAAUACUGGUACCAUGAGCACGACUCCAUCGGCUACUAUAUCCACCCAAAGAAGAGCUUUAUCUUUAUGCGC